AACUCCCACUGCUUUGACAGAAACCAACACUGAACACACGGUACAAUCUCAGAGCAAGGGGACUCAACAUUAACAUUGACUGAAGAUGCUGUGCUUCCGAGUAUUCCAGUCUUCCCUCAGCCCAUUGAUGGACUUCUACUGGCCUGUGUGCAGUCUUUGGCCAGAGGUCCAACCUCUUCUCUGCCAGCAGUAUUUACUGCAGAGAAACAUGCUGGAGAUCAAGAGCAGUCUGGAGCUGAUGGAGAAACAUCAGCAGCACAUAUUUGAGGAGAUGGACCAUGUCCCAGCCUCUGUGGUCAUCCAACCAGUCUCAUACACGCUGGAGAAAGAGAGAGAGGGUUUUGCCCUGGCACUGGAGACUAAAGACUUCUCCCCAGAGGAGCUGUCUGUCAAGCAGGUGGGCAGGAAGCUGAGAGUCAGUGGGAAGACCGAGAAGAAGCAGGAUGAUGGGGAAGGCUCUUACUCUUACAGAUGCCAGGAGUUCAGACAGGAAUUUGAUCUGCCUGAUGGGGUGAAUCCUGAGACUGUCACCUGCUCCCUGGAUCAUGAUGGGAAGCUCCACAUCGAGGCUCCAAAGAAUCCAUCAUCUGCUGAGGAGGUGGCUGAGAGAGUGGUGCCGAUCAACUGUAGCCUGGAUGUGAAGAUGCCACAAUUCCUCAGCUAACAGACAGAGGGCAGCAACACAGAGGGCAGCACCUCAGGCACAUAGGAGAAACAACAGAACAGUAUUUCACAUAAAGACUGAUCAUAUUAUUAUGCUAUUUUUUAUUUGACUGGAUGUUACAUUUUCUAAUCUAUAUUUUUAUGGUUAUGAAACUGUAUGCAUUUACAUUUCAUAUCUUGUAACAAUCAAUCUGAGAUGCUAUUUAAUUGAAUCAAUCAAAUCUAUACACUAUUGCAGUCAUUAUCAACUCUUCAAUUAAUAUCAACAUAAUGAGAAUCGAUAGAGGGGCUAAAGGCUGGCCUAAAGGCUUACAUUGUCUUCUUUAUAGAUUUUCUUGUUUUUCAUAUGAAUUAUCUAAAUGUCAUGAUAUGUUUAGAUAAAAUGUGUAGUUUUGUUACCCAAUAAAAUGUUCAGUAUACUUAUAA